AUGAUUAUUAAGUCUAAAGCUACAGUAACUAAGAUUAAGUUACCAUAAUUAGCAAUGAGUCACAUUCAUGAACGAUCAACUCAUCAUUCAAGAUCUUUGAAUCCUUCACAAUCUCCUAUAUCUAAAAUAUUAUAGCCAACAACUCCAUUACAUUCAACUCAUCAUAAAAGCUCUUCUUAUUAUCAUUAUUCAAGCAUUAUGAAAAUAGAUUAAACUCCUAUUAAUGAAGUUGAAAUGUUUAAUUGUUUAUAUAAACCACUUGAUGCUGCUACAAUGACAACUAAAAUUAAAGAAAGUCCUCUAAAGCGUAUUCGCAAUAAUAGUAAUGAGAACUUUUAGAAUCAUUUUAUGAUAUCUAGAGAUCCUAGGAGAAGUGCACCUGAUUUAGAUUUGUAUCCAAACUACUUGAAAAAACCUUAGUAAUAAACUCAAACAAAGAGAAUUGAAAUAAGAGAGAAAAUAAUGGAAAUAUACAAUUAAGUAGAGAAAUUACUGAAAAAUCAUAAAGGUUAUGUAAGAUAAAUAGAGAAAAAGUAAGCAGUAAUUACAUUAGUAAAAUUAAGAAAAGAGUUCAUAUUAUUAAAUUAAGAUUAUAAUGAUUAUUAUGCAUUACCAAAAGCAGAACCUGAUCUUGAAUUUAAAAAUAGAAUGGAAACUCUUAUUAAUUUAUUCUAAACUAAUAAAAUUCAAAAGAGCAAUAGAAUAAAUCUAUUAUUUAAUUUUGAUGAUUCAUUCAAUACAGCUGAACAAAGUUAGAUAAUGCAAUUAUUAUCUGAUUAAUUUAGUGAUUAAGAUUAAUAUAAUACAACUUCUCAAUAAUCUUGUGAAAAUUUAUCAGAAGUUUCUGGAGUAAUUAGUCAAUCAAAAAGAAAUGCCUAAUAGAACAGAACUUCAAAAAAUUCAGUAUCAAAAUAAUCAAAGUUAAUUAAUCCAAUAGAGUAAUUAUAAAUUUAACAAACACAAGUUGAUUCAUAAAAAUAGAAACUUAAAAGUUUUAAAUAAGAUUAAAAAGAUUCUAAAACUUAAAUACCUAGAAAAUAUACUAAAUUAAGUAUUGAAGAUAUUAUGGAUACAAAAGACAAGAAUAAUAAUAUAAACUUUUUAGAUGAUUAAAAUGAACCUAGUGAAAAUGGUACUGAUGAUAAAGGUACUGAUACAAAAAGAAGAGUAAGAAGAGAUGCAAAAAUGAUAAGUAGAAAAAAUGCUAUUUUUGGAGCUAAUGGUUAAUAAAUUGAUAAGAAAAAUUAUAGAAUUAAUAGUGAUGGAUAGAUGGUAAGUGAUUAAAUGUCUAAUUAAGAUAAAUCAAGUGAUAAUAGAAGAUAAUCUGAAGAGACAAAUAGAAAUGGUUUAGAAAAUAGAGAAGAUUUAUUAUCCAAUUAAGAAUAGAUUGAUGAGAUUUUAAAUCAAGUUGAAAAUGAUUUAAUUACUUAUUAGAGAAUAGAUGAUAAUGAUAAUAAAAGAUAGAGAGGUAAAGCUAUGGAAUUUAAUAUUGAUAAUAAUUAGUAAGGUUAAAAUAGAUUUUAGAAAUAAUAAACUAAAUAUGACCAAAAUUAAAAUAUUAUAAAAUAAAAUUAGAAUUAUAAAACUGAACCAGAGUUUUUAAAUUAAAUAAUUGAUUAAAGAGGUUUAAUUGAAGCAUUAUAUAAUUGUUAAUAUAUCUAUGAUUCUCGAAUAUUAGAUUUAUAUAGAAUAGAUAAAUAAUAUACUACUUGGGAUGAUGAUAUAGAUUAUAUUUACUGUGGAGAAUAUUAAUUCAGAUGA